AUGGCUAGAGGGAAGAAGAUAGUGGCUCGACCUCGACCAACAGCUUCUGGUCUUAAGGAUUCUUCCACAGGAACAUCACCAUCUGAGCUGGUGAAGCACAACAACAAUUAUUUCAGCAGAUUGAAGCUCAAGCUCAAGCUGAAGAAGGUGCAAGUCAACCUGAAGCUACUGCAGCUGAAGAAGGUGCAAGUCAACCUGAAGCUCCUCCAUCUUUUUGUUUGGGAGCAUUUUAUUGAAUAUGAUAAGAUUGAGGUUCAGAAAGAUGCUGAGGGAAAUGAUAUUGAGAUUGUUCAUAAACGAGCUUAUUGCAAAUAUUGCCCUAGGGGAAAGGUAGGAGAUUUUGCUGUGGAUAGUUCUAAGAAUGGUACUUCUGGUAUGAUUAGGCAUAUCAACCAAAAUUGUAGAUAUUAUCCACCUAAUGUGGAUAAAUCUCAGAAAAAUCUUGCUGGUGAUAAAUCAAAGGGAAAUAGAUUGACCACAGUAGCUUAUAACCAGGAUGAUUAUCUAGAAGCUUGUGUAGAGAUGAUUGUGAUUGAUGAACUGCCUUUUAGUUUUGUGGAAAAGAAAGGGUUUAACAGAUUUUGCGACAAAGUCUGUCCUCUAUUUGAUGUUCCCUCUAGAAGGAAACUAUGCAGAACCUUUCUAGGUAAGUAUGACAGUUCAAAGAAGGAAUUGAAGAAGGUUUUGAAGCAGUAUAGGUUGAGCCUCACCACUGACACUUGGACAAGUGUUCAAAAUGUCAAUUAUAUGGUGCUUACUGCCCAUUUCAUUGACAUUGAUUGGAAAAUGCAUAAGAGGGUCAUUAGUUUCUGUGUGAUUCAAAAUCACCAAGGGCCUACUAUAGGAAAGCUUAUAGAAUCAUGCCUUGAGCAGUGGGGGAUUGAGAAGGUGAUGUGCAUUACAGUUGACAAUGCAUCUGCAAACAAGUCUGCUUUAGAGUGGCUUGUUUCUAAGAUGAACAGCUCUUCAUGUUACCAGCAAAUAUUGAAUGGUAGAUAUAUGCAUAUGAGAUGCGCUGCUCACAUCACUAAUUUGAUAGUGGGGCAUGGGUUAAAGAGGUUGCAGAAGUCUGUGUUGGCAAUUAGGAAUGCUGUGAAGUUUGUGAGAUCUUCUCCAAAUAGGUUGGAUACUUUUAAGAAGGCUGUGGAGAGACAGAAAAUUCCAUGUAGGGGACUGGUGUGUUUGGAUGUCCCAACUAGGUGGAACAACACCUACCUCAUGCUAGAAGCUGGUUUGAAAUUCAAGAAGGCUUUUACUUUGAUGUUGGCGGAUGAGGAUAGCAGCUUUGCAGCUUACUUUAAAGAACCAGAGGAAGAAUAUGAUGAUGAUGGGAAUGUAGUACCAAGCAGGAAUAAGAGGAAUAGAGUUGGACCACCAGAAGAUGAAGAUUGGGAUAAGGCAGAAGUGUUUGUGGAUUUCUUGAGGGUGUUCUAUGAUGUCACAUUGAGGGUUAGUGCUUCAUUGCACCCUACUGUGCACACAACUUUCCAUGAUGUGAUUACCAUGGAAAAAAAUAUAGAAAGCAUGUUUGUUCUACCUGGGUUUGCAACUGGAACAGAAACUGAGCAAGUGUUGAUGGACAUGGCAGGAAAUAUGAGAUCCAGAUGGUUAAAGUAUUAUGGAUCAUUUCAUGAAAUUAACCACAUGGUGAUCAUUGGCCUAGUAUUGGAUGCAAGGUUCAAGUUGAAGAAUGUGACUCACAUCUUCACUUCUGAGGGUUUAGGUGAUGAUGAGGUGCAAAGAAGAACAUUGGAGAUUAGAAACCUUCUUAUGGCUCUCUAUGAUCAGUAUGUAAUUCAUGUAGAUGGAGGCAGACACAUGGUGAGGCAAGGCUCUCCAAGCUCUUCAUGUAGUACUCUUACAAGCAGAAGCAACAAUAGUAGAGGAGGUGUUAGGGGUCAGCUCCUUAAUGAUUGGAGGAAGGUUGUACAAUCAAGUGCAGAGGCUGUGGUGGCUCAUGAAGUAGAUCAAUACUUGAAUGGUCCAUUGGAAUUCAAUAAUGAUGAAGACUGCUUUGACAUCUUGUGUUGGUGGAAGGUCAAUGGCCCAAAGUUUCCUGUGUUAGCAGCAAUAGCAAGGGAUGUUCUUGCCAUUCAAACCUCAACAGUGGCAUCAGAGUCAUGUUUUUCAACAGGAGGCAGGGUUAUUGACACAUUUAGGAGCUCAUUAACUCCAAAAACUGUGGAGGGACUCAUUUGCAUGCAAAGUUGGAUGUUAGGUGAUGAAAUCGCAGAGAUCCAAGAUGAUUGCACCAUUGAAAACAUAGAGUUUUAUGAAGCUGUUGAGCAUGAGCAUGAAAGCACUGCAUCUAGCAAAAAUAUGUGUCCUGCUCCAGUUCCAAGAGCUAAAGGGAAGGGAAAGUCUGUUGCAGCUGGUAAUGUAAUUGUUAUCUAA